AGAAGGCUGCAACCCCGCCCGGCCCCGGCCCCAGCUUGCCUCCUCCGCCUGCCGACGCCGGGUUUCGCACCCUGCGUCGCCGGUGGAGGCGGCAUUGCCGUUGCACUACGGCACAUCUCCGGCGCCACGCUUCGCCUCGCCUCCCCCACCCCGCCUCGACCUGGUACUCCGCUGCUGGAUACUGGGCAUACCAAAGGCUAUCAUUCAGUGGUUAAUGACCAGUCAAAAUUUGGCCCAUCCAGCAUGCUAAAUAUAGCAUAACAAACAGAGGCAAGCCAAAUUGGGCCAACCUUGCUAUUUCCUUUGGCUGAUGCUUCACGUGCUAGCUAUCGUAUUCUUUCACAGACGAAAUCUCAAGUUAUGAAGCAACAUUGUAUGGGGCAAUGGAACCUAAGAAAACCCUAUUUAAGGGAGUGAUUGAGGAUUUUAGAGGAAGAGCAUCUUGCUACAAACAAGAUUGGCACAAUGGGUUCAGUUCUGGGUUCAGGAUAUUGGCACCUACUCUGUACAUCUUCUUUGCAUCUGCACUACCUGUUAUCACCUUUGGGGAGCAACUAAGUAAAGAUACAGAUGGUACGCUAACGACAGUUGAGACGUUGGCAUCAACUGCUAUAUGUGGCAUCAUACAUUCUGUACUGGGCGGACAACCACUGCUGAUUGUGGGAGUUGCAGAACCAACAAUUAUAAUGUACACAUACCUGUACAGUUUUGCCAAAAAUCAGCCAAACCUUGGAGAACGAUUAUUCCUGGCAUGGGCUGGAUGGGUUUGCAUCUGGACUGCGGUCAUGUUGUUCCUCAUGGCAAUGUUUAAUGCCGCAGCUGCUUUGAAUAGAUUUACAAGAUUUGCGGGAGAAUUGUUUGGAAUGUUGAUCACAAUCCUGUUCAUGCAAGAAGCUAUCAAGGGAAUGUUGAGUGAAUUCAGUGUGCCUGAGGGUAAAGAUCAGAGCCUACCCAUAUACCAAUUCCAAUGGGUAUAUAUUAAUGGUCUGCUUGGAGUUAUCUUUUCAAUGGGACUGCUCUAUACUGCGUUAAAGAGCAGAAGUGCAAGGUCAUCGCUCUACGGAGCUGGAUGGCUAAGGAACGUGAUUGCUGACUAUGGUGUUCCACUUAUGGUGAUACUGUGGACCGCGUUGUCAUAUUCGUUGCCCACCAAGAUACCUUCAGGUGUUCCUAGGAGGCUGUUCACCCCACUUCCUUGGGAACCCAAGUCACUGCAACAUUGGACGGUAGCCAAGGAGUUAUUUUCUGUCCCUCUAGCCUACAUACUUUUGGCAAUUGUGCCUGCUGUGAUGGUUGCGGGGCUCUAUUUCUUUGACCAUAGUGUAGCCUCACAGAUGGCUCAGCAGAAAGAGUUCAAUUUGAAAAACCCAUCAGCAUACCAUUACGACAUUUUGGUCCUGAGCUUUUCGGUGCUGAUUUGUGGCCUUCUUGGCAUUCCUCCAUCUAAUGGAGUCCUUCCCCAGGCCCCCAUGCACACGCGAAGUCUUGCUGUCCUCAGGAGGCAGGCGCUCCGCAAACAGAUGGUCCGAACCGCCAAGGAAGGCAUGAUGAACAAUGCUAGCAGCUCAGAAGUUUACGGCAAGAUGCAAGAAGUUUUCAUUAAAAUGGACGACAAAGGCAACGAGGAUUCUGCUCACAAAGAGCUCAAGGAAUUGAAAGACGCCGUUAUCACAGAGGGGGAAAAAAUCACAGAGGGGAAUGGGGCAGUGACUGCGCCUGAGGUAUUUGACCCUGAAAAACAUCUGGAAGCUUACUUGCCUGUACGGGUGAAUGAGCAGAGAGUAAGCAAUCUGCUUCAGUCCCUGCUGGUCGCGGGUUGCAUUGGAGUUGUGCCGGUCAUUCAGAAGAUACCCACAUCAGUCCUGUGGGGGUACUUUGGCUAUAUGUUCAUCGACAGCCUGCCUGGGAACCAGUUCGGGGAGCGCUUACAACUUCUGUUCAUCGCCCCUUGGCGGCGCUACAAGAAAACCGGGAGUUGGGGUGAAUAUUCAUCUGUUCUAAUUUUGGACAGGGUUCUUGAAGGCGCCCAUGCGUCCUUCUUGGAGUCGGUGCCUUUCAACCAGAUAUUGGCCUUCACCGUUUUCCAGCUGAUUUAUCUGUUGAUCGUCUGGGGGAUGACAUGGAUACCGGUGGCGGGAAUCCUGUUCCCGCUCCUCUUCUUCUUCCUUGUCAUCAUCAGGGAGCAUCUCCUCCCGAAAUUCUUCGACACGCGCCACCUGUGGGAGCUGGAUGCGUCCGAGUACGAAGAAUGCGAGGGGGUGCACCGUGACCCAUCGAUACCAGAGGGUGAUGGCGAAUCCAUCACACGAGGCAUCGAAGAUCCCUCUGAAUAUACUGCCGAGGUGAUGGAGGAAUUCACGACUCACCGUGGAGAACUGAAGCACAGGGCUCCAAGCUUCCGUGACGAGCGGCUGAUACGGCUGAACUCUGUCCAGAUGACGAGACAGUUCUCCCGGAUCUCUUCUUUUGCUCCUACACGGCCCUGACUACGAAAGGAGAUUGUUCAACAAAGACCUUUUACUGGCAUGAAUCUCCUGACGGAGGGUGCAAAAAAUGCGGCAGCUCGUAAGUGAACGUACGGAUGAUUUUUUGGGGCCGAAGACACGUCGAGGAAACUGUGCAAGAGCAAGUGCCAGUCGCUGCGGGGGAGAAAUGGGGAGUUUGUGUGGGUGCGCGAGUGUUGCUAGGUAUGUGCUGUUGUGCAUAAGAAAAAAUAGGACGGGGUACGGCGAGGGAGCAAUCUACUCCAUAGUAAGUAGUAUUAUGUUUGUAGUACAGACGCAGCUCCUAGUUUUAUGUAAGUGAUUCAAACCGGCCGACCGGUCUCAGCUUCCGCCGGCUGCCUCGUGCA